CCCCAGAAAAGAGCGUGACGCUCUUAAGACUCUACGAGCACGGAAAGACGUCAUCAUCAAGCCAGCCGAAAAGGGCUCUGCUGUUGUCAUGGGCCACCAGCAAGCCAUGAGACAACUCAAUAACUAAACUAGCUAUAAACCCCUUGACACUGAUCCAACAGGAACCUUCUCAACAUUAACACUGGACAAAAUGCAUGACCGUGACAACCUCUCCGAGAAAGCCCACAAGUUUCUCUCCCUGGUUGCCUGUAGAACAGCCAGAUUUUACCUCCUUCCCAAGAUUGUACCAGUGUGAUUUUUGACACAGCAAUAGCAAAAUGGUGGACAGCAUUUACCGUACCCGUUCCCUUGGUGUAGCAGCUCAGGGUAUACCGGAUCAAUAUGCCGAUGGCAAAGCAGCUAAGGUGUGGGAAUACUACAUCGGCAGUCGCACAGAGAGAACAGAGAACUACCGCCACUUUCUAGUUGAUCUCCUUCAGGCCAGGAAAUGUCAUGAAGUGCUUGAUGCGGCAUGUGGAACUGGCAUCGACUCUGUGAUGCUUCUUGAGCAAGGAUUCCAUGUCAUGAGCUGUGAUGCCUCAGAUAAGAUGAUCCUACACGCAUUCAGGGAGAGGUGGGCACGCCGCAAAGAAGAAAUGUUUGAUAGUUGGGAGAUUGAAAUUGCCAACUGGCUUACUCUACCCGAGGAUAUUCCAAAGCCAGGGCCCGGUUACGAUGCCAUCGUCUGCCUGGGAAACUCUUUCGCUCAUCUUCCUGACUUUGACGGCAAACAGGAGAAUCACCGUCUCGCUCUGAGGAACUUCGCCAGCAUGUUGAAACCUGGUGGAAUACUGAUCAUUGAUCACAGGAACUACGAUGCUAUUAUAGACACUGGUAGAGCACCAGUACAGAAUAUUUAUUAUGUGGGUAACUGCAUCAAGGACCUCCAGACAUCAGUGCUGUACGUUAAUGGGCGCCCUUCCAUGGUGACAUUAGAUUAUUUUAUUUCCGUUGAUGAUGAGGCAAAGAGUGAAGAAAAUGUUAAGAAAAUGCAUCUGGAUGAAACAGUCUACAAAUUCCGUCUGUCCUACUACCCACAUCGCCUGAAUGCCUUCACAGAGCUUCUCAAGGAGACAUUUGGUGAAAGUUGUAAGCACACUGUGUACGGAGACUUCAAAGAGUUCAAGGAAGGAGACUGCCCCUCCUACUACAUCCAUGUUAUAGAAAAACCACUUGAAUGAUGAACUAAAGAUGGAAGUCACAAAGUGACUGACAUUUUUCUUGUCAGUCAGUUUUUAACAGCAUGAAAAAGGAACGAUACUUUGGGGAAAAAUGUAAAAUGUAUGUAAAUAUAGUUUUACAUCACAGGAAUCGUGUACAGAGAUAUCACAUUGUGAAAAUGUUUUCCUUUCUCUGUGCAUGCAUUGUCUUCAAGAAGGCUAUACAGGUCAAUUUAUAAGAUUGAGGUUUUGCAAUGCAUAAGUGUUGAUCAAAGGCCCAACAACCAUUUUUUUGUUUUUCUCUUUUUGUUUUUAUAGUGAUAGUGAUAUUUUAGGAGCAAAAUUUUUACUUUCUCUCCAUGAUAAUAGUGCUAGGGCGGCAAGCCAAGACUUAAUCUAUUUCUGCAUUUUAAACAAAGAAGGGAAAAGAUUUUAAAAUCUAGUGAGGUUUGUGAAAACUCUAUAAAUCUUUCUAUGAAUUGUUAUUGGUCUGAAAAGUUGUUACAACUCUCUUGAAACUGCACGGCAAUGCAAUCUUAAUGCUACUUAAGCUUACAAUUUAAAACAUGGCAUUAAUAUAGAACAGGCUUUUGUUCUGAGGUUCGGGGGGGGGGGGGGGUGUAGAGGUGCAGGGUAGUAGUUGGUUUAUCGUGUUCUAUUUUAUAGGUGAGUGAAAGGCAGUAUUGAUAUUUUUCAGAUUGGUCUUUGUCUUGAGAAGCGUCGGAAAUAUUACUCACACACAAGUCUUAAAAGCUUCCAUAUCCAGCCAUAUUUGGUCACACAAUUUUUUAUUUGUUUAUUUUAUCGUAAUCUUCGUUUGACGGUUUGGUUGGGGAAGGGGGCUUGUACAAUCACAAAUGGUGUGUAACGGAUGGAUUUUGUUGUGUUUGUGGAUAUUAUUUGGAUUGGAGUGGCUACAUUUGGUUAAAGGUGUUCAUGAACAUGUUCAGGCAUGCAACCUCUCAGCUGAUCAGCUGAUUUCCCUUCUUGUCAGCAGAAAACCGAAAGAACGCUGUACAUAGUGUGGUUGGUCAAUUCGUCUUUGUUGUUCACAUGUACAACAUUGCACAUCUAAUAUGUUACAGAGUGGAUGUCUGGUAUGCACGGUGUGGAUGGUUUGUUGGUUUUGUUGGUGGACUUACUGUUAAACUUUUGUUUCCUGUGUUGAUUGGUACCGAAAGAAUGCUGUACAAAGUGUGGUUGGCCAAUUCGUCUUUUUAUACCCAUGUACAACGUUGCACAUCUAAUAUGUUACAGAGUGGAUGUCCGGUAUGCACGGUGUGGAUGGUUUGUUGGUUUUGUUGGUGGACGUACUGUUAAACUUUUGUUUCCUGUGUUGAUUGGCACCGAAAGAACUCUGUACAAAGUGUGGUUGGCCAAUUCGUCUUUAUUCCCAUGUACAAAGUUGCACAUCUGAUAUGUUACAGAGUGGAUGUCCAGUAUGCACGGUGUGGUUGGUUUGUUGGUGGAUUUGCUGUUAAACUUUUGUUUCCUGUGUUGAUUGGUAUGUUGUGGUGUGGUUUCUAGUUUUUGUUGAAUGGUAUGAUUUUGUGUGGUUUGUAGUUGGUUGUGUUGAGGGAUCUGUUGUGGUGUGGAGGGAUAAGUAUUUUUGUUGAUGAUGUGCUAUGGUGUGGACGGGUUACAGUGAACCCAUUGAGUGUGUUUUAUUUAAUUGAAAAUGGAGUCUUCACCAGUUUGCUUCAGAGGAAUCAGUAACAUGCCCAAACUCUUAUACAACACACAGCGGCAGGCUUAUCGGUCAAGUUUCUGUGGGAUUAAGCAGUGGUCAUGUCAACAGGUCACACGUGGUGAGACACUGGAAGUGGAGUGCUCAAACCAUACACAGUCUACGGGGUCAUGGUUUGGUGGCCCUGGGCAAAAGGCACUGCAAGCAAUUGAUGGAUAAAUUGUGUUUUAUAUGUGUUAAAUUUGCAUCAGGGGAUAAAGAAUAUUAAUGUUGGUUACCCUUACACUGAUUGAGUACUGUAUACAUGUAGUCGGUACUUUCCCAAGUUCUGUGAAGAAGAAUAAUCUUUGAUAGAGGGCCCUAUGUCGUGGAUUAACUCUGCAUAUUGUGCCAAAUGCCUGUAUCGAUGACCUGUUCUUACCUACAAGCCAAGGUUUGGUUAAGAUGGAGUAAACUGCACUGUCAUGAGUCAUUUCAUCUUUCUCUGCUGGGGUUACUGUUAAAAAAAUUUGAACCAUUUAAGUCUGUAAAUGUCUAUGCGAAAAAGUCUUUAUGGAUCCAAAUUGAGUUUCAUUGAAAACCGUCACACAUUUUUAAUGGCUAGAAAAUAUUUUUUAUUCCCGAAGCAAACUGGUUAAGAUUGAAUAAAUAUAUACAAAGAGAUUUGUAUACAUAUAUGUUGUAAAUAUAAAAAGAAUGGCAAUGAAAGUGAUUCAAAACUUCAUUGGGGCAACUGUUUGAUGCAUCAUCUGCAAGCAUUUCAAGCAUUGUGCAUGCCGUGAAAACUGAUCAUGCUCAUUCCGGUAUUUGUUCAGUCUAUCAAUUGUAAGAAAGGUCAAUUGAAGCGUCUUUUAAUUCACUCCGAAUUUUGAUGUGUUUUUGGGCAUUCCCUUUUUUGACUGAAUGACCAAAUGUUGAUAUAUCAAGAUACCUUGACGUCCUUAUGAUUGGGCCCCUAUUUUACUAAUAGAGAUUAAUUAUCAGUGAUAAACAUAACUACAAUCUUUGUAGUGAGUAAAAAAAAUGUAUAUUAUAUUAUGUUAAUUUUAUUUUAAUUUUUUUCAUACUCAAAUUUAUGUUGUUCAAAAGUACUUUGAUAGAGGGCGCUUUUUUUGUGGCAGAUAAUUGCAUGGCCAGACAUCUUCUUGUUGGUAAAGUUUUAAAUUUAGAACAUUACUUUUCUAAAACACUGAACACUUCCCAAAAAAAAUUCUAGAGAAAGAAAGGUACAAAUUAAUCCACAUAGUAAAAACAUUUCACACAACAAAGGCUCAUUCUGUUUGCAGAAAAGUUGCUGUUAUAUUGAUCAAAAGAUUAAAACUAUAUUAAAAAUAAAUAUAUUUAAUAAAAAAAAUAAAUAAAUAAGUGUGUAUCAAUUCUUAUA